CUUCAACACGGCGCCGACCCUCUUCUUACCGAUGUCCAAGGCUACAACAUUCUACACCUGGCUACCAUCGAUGGAAAUGCCUUCCUGCUCGUGCUCCUUCUGCAUCAAGAGAUUUCGGUAGACGUCACAGAUCAACAAGGCCAUACGGGUUUGAUGUGGGCAGCAUAUAAGGGAUUCCCCGCAUGCGUGGAUCUGUUUUUGCGCUGGGGUGCUAAUGCAAAUGCUGUUGAUGACAGCGGGGUCAUUGCCUUGUGUCCAGAAGCUCAUAGAGUAUGGCGCCGAUAGGUUCGCAAAGACCAGGGACGGCAAAACCCCAGCGACCGUUGCAGGCGAAAUGAAUACGACACGCGUGUGGUAUCGGGCUCUGGACGAAUGUGGCUACGACUUCGAUGGGCACACAAAGGUUCUUCCCUUGGGUUUGACGCCCUGGGUGCGGAGCAAAACUGCCAUGUCCAAGUUCUUCUUCUUGUGGCCCUUCUUGAUGAUCUUCAUGGCACUGUGGAUUCUCAGCCACAUGGUUGUUUUCGCUGCCGUCCCGAUCAUGAUUGCGACGACUUACGGGCUGCAGUGGCUGGCGCAGAAGGUCGCCAGCCAAAGUAUCUCUGAGUAUAGAAUACUUCAGAAGACGCCGUACCUGUCAGGCGUCUUUGCCGGGUCUCUAUUCUGGGUCGGUGUGAGAUAUGUUUUCUACGUCCUACCAGCGACAUAUACUUCGUCUCCAAUUUCGAAUAUUUGCUUCGCUCUCUUCUUCUCAUUGACAGCUUACUUCUAUUUCACUGCGAUGGUUGAAGACCCCGGCUUUGUGCCGAAACUUGGCAGCAGGAAUCAGCAACGAGCGGUCAUUGCAGAGCUCUUCGAGCAGUGGAAGUUCGACGAAGAAAACUUUUGCGUUUCUUGCAUGGUCAGGAAGCCUUUGCGAAGCAAGCAUUGCAAGCGUUGUGGACGCUGUGUUGCAAAGCAUGACCAUCAUUGUCCGUGGAUCGAUAAUUGCGUAGGAUCCAACAACCUGCGUCAUUUUGUAUUGUACAUCACCUGCCUCGAAGUGGGCAUUAUUCUUUUCGUGCAGCUUACAUACUCAUACAUCGCCAUCUUGCCAGCACCUGUCAAUCCGACGUGUAAUGUUAUUAACGAGACUCUCUGUGAUUAUGUGCUUCGCGAUACGUUUACCCUCGUCCUCGAUGUGUGGGUUAUCAUUCAGCUGGUCUGGGUCACUAUGCUUUGUGCUGUUCAGCUUGUUCAAAUUUCGCGGAAUCAGACGACCUAUGAAAACAUGCGAGGGCAUUCGAUUGAUCGGAGCUACCCAAGUUCUCGUGCCUUUGCUUCGGCUUUGGCGGCUGGCACAACCUCCUUCGAGGGUGCCGGUCUAUCCUCUGCUGGACAGGGCCCGAACCCAGCUCUUGCGCAUGGUGCUGCGCACAGACACGGAAGGGGCGGCUGUUUGCAACAAUGGACUUCUCUUCUCGGCAUUGACACGUUCUUUGCUACUGCACGAGACGGGCUGCGAGAUGGUCCACGUGCUACUCGGGCGAAGAAUCCUUUUUCGCGCGGUGUUGUCACCAACUGCCGGGACUUUUGGUGCGACCCAGCUCCGUAUUUUGGGCAACGGGAGGCGGGAUCUGGCAUGCUCGGUGGUGAAGUAGUCAACUAUAAUCAGAUGUACGAGAUGCCGUCACGUAUGCACAGUGGCGGAAGAUACCGAAGCCUUGCCGACGAUGACCCGGAGCAGAACGCUUAAAGAUAUCUCGCCCUAGUGGUUAGCAAGGCUUAUGCCAUGUUACCCGAACGACCAUUUCGCCCGUGAAGAUGUUUUGAUCUUCGAUAUGCGAUCUAAUGAAUGCCGGAUGAACCUUUUGCUGUGACGAUAUGUUUGACUGGAAUAGAUGGUCCCAGAUGGUGUCGUUUCCUCAUGCCCUUACAUUAUCUUCCUGUAUUAUCUUUUGCAUAUAAAGAUCAUAGUAUAUUGGUAGAUAUUGCUAUUUUAGCCCAGCGAAUCUGAAAGACUUACAGACCUCUAGCUUGGCAGAUCCGUCG